UAAGACGGAGACGUGACGCAACGACACCCUGUGAUUCCCCCUUUCGGGGUGCUUUUGUGGAUUGUGCUAAACAAACUUGUUCUUCCGAGGACAACACUGCUAAACGGCAAGCAAACAGAUGUGACGGUGGGGCCAGAGUCCAACUUCCUACAUUUUAUUGAUCUGUGGGGACAUCACCUCAGGGAUUUGACCACUGACCAGCACAAACCAUGUACCAAGUGGUACCAGGAGGAGCUGGGGGCACGAUUACAGAUGCUAUCCCCAAACAGAAACAUACCAAGGACACUCGACCCUUAGUUGGAGCUGGAGUAAUUGGCCUAGUGCUGGUGAUUGCAGCUGUAACUGCCUGGUGUUACUACAUAGCUUCUCUACGCAAAGCUGAACUGCUAAAGACUCAGCUACUGGAUCUGAAUAAAGAUGGCUACAUUAUUCGCAACCAGGGAGGAUCUAUUGUUUUCAGAAUGGAUUUCAGAUCUGGGACGCUUGAUUUGGACUCCUGCUCUAAAGAAGGGGAGAUUCUUAGGUGUGGAAGCACCACUGACAGAAAACUUAACUUCUUCAUUGAGACUGUGCGACCGAAGGACACAGUGCAGUGCUACCGUGUACGUUGGGAGGAACUGGUUCCUGACAUAUCUGUUGAGCACGCCAUGACCUACAAGUUUGCUCACUGGUAUGGAGGUGCAGUGUCAGCAGUUCAGCACUGGCCCAUUUCUAUUUCUGGCCAACAGGCUCCCAAGCCCUUUGUUACAAGUGACAUCUACUCAAACCGUGAGGAAUUUGGUGGCAUUUUGGAGAGUUACUGGCUUUCAUCCAAUGCCACUGCCAUCAAGAUCAAUAAUUCUGUUCCCUUUCACCUUGGCUGGAAUGACACAGAGAAGACCAUGUACUUCCAGGCAAGAUACAAUGAUAGCCCCUUCAAACCGAACCCAGGAGAAGCGCCAUGUGCUGAACUUAGCUACAGAGUCUGCGUAGGCUUGGACGUAACCUCCAUACACAAGUACAUGGUCCGCAGGUACUUUAACAAACCAUACAAAGUACCAGCCAAAGCCAUGUUCCGACAUCCUAUUUGGUCAACUUGGGCAUUACACAAAACUGAUAUAGACCAAGAGAAACUCUUGGCUUAUGCUGCCAACAUCCGCAAGCAUAACUUUAACUGUAGCCACCUGGAACUAGAUGACCGCUACACCAGUCGCUAUGGAGAAUUUGAGUUUGACCCAAUUAAGUUCCCCAACGCCUCAGCCAUGUUCCAUAAGCUAAAAUCAGAUGGAUUUCUGGUCUCACUCUGGAUUCACCCUUUUGUUAACUACGACUCUGCAAACUUCCAUUCUUGUGUGGAGAGGGGUUUGUUUGUCCGAGAGCCUACAGGCCGACUGCCGGCUUUGGUGCGUUGGUGGCAUGGCAUUGGUGGCAUUGUGGACUUCACAAACCCAGAAGCCUGUGAUUGGUUUGCCUCCCAGUUACGCUCUUUGCGUUCAAGGUACGGUGUGACCUCAUUCAAAUUUGAUGCAGGGGAGACAAACUACCUACCAUGGAAAUUUAGCACAAGGACUCCCAUUCGGGACCCUAGUUUUUUCACGAGGCGUUACACAGAAAUGGCGAUUCCCUACAAUGACCGAGCUGAGCUGCGCAGUGGUUAUCAAUCCCAGAACAUAUCCUGUUUCUUCAGACCAAUUGACAGAGAUUCUGUGUGGGGCUAUGAGUUGGGUCUUAAAUCUCUUAUUCCCACAGUGCUCACCAUCAGCAUCCUGGGCUAUCAGUUCAUUUUACCAGACAUGAUUGGAGGGAAUGCCUAUCUGAACCAUACAAGUGGAAAUCGUGUUUUACCUGAUCGAGAACUCUAUAUUCGCUGGUUGGAACUGUCAGCCUUCAUGCCAUCCAUGCAGUUUUCUAUUCCACCUUGGGAAUAUGACAAUGAGGUGGUUGAAAUUGCUCGGAAAUACACAGCCCUCCAUGAAAGCAUCGUUGCACCUCGGGUCCUUGAGCUGGCAGGAGAGGUGCUCGACACUGGGGACCCAAUCAUACGUCCCCUGUGGUGGAUUGCCACAGGUGAUGAGACGGCUUAUAAAAUCGACUCCCAGUUUCUGAUUGGGGAUGACCUCAUGGUGGCUCCAGUUCUGGAACCUGGAAAGCAAGAGCGUGACAUCUACCUCCCUGCUGGCCAUUGGAGAAGCUAUAAAGGAGAGAGAUUUGACAUCAAGGAGCCACUGCAUCUUACAGACUAUCCUGUGGACCUGGAUGAAAUUGCCUACUUUGUUUGGGCAUAAUAAGAAGGAAUUUGAUUAUCCUACGUUCCAAUUUACUUGUGGGACAAGCCAAUUAAGCCUAUCUGUUAUUUUUGACAGGAAAGAGAUUGUGUGAGAAAAUUUAUUUAUGGAAAAUGUUAAAAAAUAUAAAGGCUUAUGGCACAUUCACACCAGCCUUUUUGAUUCGAAUCCUGGUCUGGGGGUAGUAGGGAAUUGUGAAUGCGCAAACGAACCCUGAUGCGGAUUAAAACCGUGGACUUGGUCUGUCUACAAAUGCAAGUCUCUGUCCACUUCAGGUGAUCCAAUUGCAGGAAGCGGACUACAAAGUAAAGCACAUUGUGGGCUCAGCGUUCAGCAUUGUAGCUAAACACAACCAAAACAAGCAAGUGUGGGAUGGCAGGCAGGAAACGGGAGAAAUGGCUUGCAGUUGGAUGUGGAGGAACUCGGUAAAAGCUGAGUCUGAUUUAAGGAUCUGAUACAGCUGCAUAUAUAGGUGUUAUGUGAUCAGAAACGGAAGUCCUCCUGUAGUAACCAAUAGAUGAAUGAGUUUUCUUCCUCGGUUUGUGUCUUAUCUUGUCCUUCAGUAAUUUUUGGUGGAGCGCCACCUCUGGUAGAGAGUGGAACUCAUUAUUUAAAAGGCCUAAUUCAUUUGAGUAGUGCAACACAGACUUGGUCCAGAAGAAUGUUGCACCCCCCAACUGAACCGAGACACCAAUCAUAUCGAGUCCAGCAGACUAUCCUGGUGUGAAAGUGCUCUUAAAAAAACAACAAACUCUAACACCAAAUUACUUAUGUUUUAUCACACAGAAGCUUAAAACAUUGUCUUAAGUUUUCAUUAUAUUUCAUUUUAAUACACCAUAUGCCUUAACAUUUUCCUACAUAACAAUAAAUGGAAAAGUGUACAGCAGUAACUCGAAGCCAAGGGGCAAGAAGCAAACAAGCAGAUAAUCAUAAGCAUCAGUAUCUCUUAUAAUCUGCAACAUCAGCUUCCUCCUCUUUCCUGCAUCAUCCCACACCCACAAAGUCUGUAGCACCACAAACCCAAAGUGUGCUGAAACUCUUAAAGCUUAUUAAAUAACUUAGUUUUUUUUUUGUGUAAUUUUAUUUGUCACAAGUUGCAUAGUGAUGCUUCAAGCAUUAAUACAUGUGGUGAAAAGGGAAAAUAUAAACUGAAUUUCAUGCCAUAAAACUAUUAUAUUUCUGACUUUCACAGCACUAUGAAUGUAAGGUUAAGCCAGAAAACCGAAGGUUUGUCAUUGCCAUUAAGUGGACUGUUGUAAGUGUAUGCGACAGCUUGUGAUGUCCUGCUUUCCUGUGACGCUAAUGACUUCCUAUCCUUUUGUUCCGGAUACCAGGUUUUAUGCUUCACUUAGCGGUACAAAUGCUUGAGGGUCAACAUGCACAUGUUCAUGUUCAUGUAACACGGUGUCAUAUAACUACUUUUAAACAAGAAGAAGAUGCCUCUUUCUCUCUUAUGAAUAUUUAAUUCUCUCCCUCAGGUAAUGGCUUUUCUCAGGCUGUGGUAUGUUUGAGGCAUUUGCUAUUAAUGACCCUUGAAUGCAGUUAAACAGCUAGUAAUGCCAUGAUGUCUAAUAUUUAGUGUAACAUCAAAAAGGAGCUUCUCUGUAGCAUUUUUAAUAUUUGAAACAUGCCGAAAUAAGUGAAAUUAAGACUAUAUGUUAGAUAUAGCUUAAUCACAUUAAAUCGUUCUAAUCAGAGUUUUUGGUACUUGUUUUUAAUUGGGUGUUUGUGUUUUAACUUCAACCUGAUUUAUUUCUCUUAUUGCCAUUUGCAACAACCAUUGGCACAAUAUAUAUAUAUAUAUAUAUAUAAACAGUAUAUAUAUAUAUAUAUAUUCUCUUUUGAUGUAAUGCAUUUAUUGUUUGUGAUUAUUUUCUAACAGCCAAAUCUAUGGAAUAAAUUUAAUCUGUUAUUGAUUAUAAAUUUUCCUUUUUAUAAAGGAAUGAUUUAUGUAAUAUAAUGACAUCCAUCUUUGACAUUCUUUGAUUCUAGAUAUAUU